AUGAAGUAUACGAAAAAUCUAAUGGAUUUUUGUGUUUGGCUAUGGCUGAGCAUUUUCAUUGUUCAGAGUGCGCAUGGCGACGUAAGCUACUCAAUCCCGGAGGAGCUCAAGCGAGGAUCUGUGAUCGGAAAUGUUGCCAAAGAUAUUGGACUGGACUUGAAAGGGUUGUCUGGUCGCAAGGCGCGCAUCGACACCGAAGGUAAUAGCAGACGUUUUGUGGACAUUAACCUGAGAACAGGAGAACUCGUAGUGGCUGAACGAAUAGACAGAGAGGAGCUGUGCUCUGAAAAGCUAUCCUGUGUGCUUAAUGUCGAGCUAAUGUUGGAAACCCCCUUAGAACUUCAUCGUGUUUUAAUAGAAAUAAAGGACAUCAAUGAUAAUUCCCCUAUUUUCCCCACCGAUGUCAUUACGUUAGAAAUAAGUGAAAAUGCAGAUAAAGGAGCAGCCUUUCGCGUUGCUGGCGCGCAUGAUGCAGAUAUAGGACAGAAUGCAGUGCAGAAUUACGCAUUAGAGAACAAUAACCAUUUUGUGCUGGCUGUUCGUACAAAUGAUGACGGUGGAAAAUACAGCGAAUUGAUUUUAGACAAAGAGCUUGAUCGUGAAAAGGAAGAAGAGGUUAAAUUAGUUCUAAAGGCACUCGAUGGUGGUAAUCCAGCGAAAUCGGGUUCUGUAGCCAUACACAUCACUGUCCUGGACGCUAACGAUAAUGCCCCAGUCUUCAGUCAGACUGCAUACAAAGCAUCUCUGCCUGAAAACUCCCCCCUAGACACUGUGGUGUUGAUAGUGAGCGCAACCGAUGCAGAUGCUGGAGCAAACGGAGAAGUUACAUAUGAGUUCAGUCGCAUCACGGAAAAAGCCAGAAAAUUAUUUGCCCUAAAUCACCAGAGCGGAGAGAUAAGAUUGAUAGGGUCAGUGGACUACGAGGAUGAAUCUAAAUAUGAAAUGCGCGUUCAGGGGAAAGAUGGAACUGGACUCACAUCAGAUACUAAAGUAUCGAUAGAAAUUAUUGAUGUGAAUGACAAUGCCCCCGUUAUAUAUUUGAAAUCUUUAAAUAGUCCGGUGCCAGAGAAUGCGCCUCCGGGCACGGAGGUGGGCAUCAUAAAUGUCCAGGACAGAGACUCUGACAGUAACCGGCAGAUUCGCUGCACCAUUCAGCAGGGCGUGCCAUUCAAACUCGUGCCAUCCAUUAAAAACUACUUUUCUCUGUUGACUACAGGCGAGUUAGACCGUGAAUUGAUAACUGAUUAUAAUAUCACCAUCACAGCCACUGACGAGGGCUCUCCACCUCUCUCCUCCUCCAAAGUAGUGCACCUCUCUGUUGCUGAUGUGAACGAUAACCCCCCUGUAUUUAGUAAGCAGUCUUACAUCGCACAUGUGACAGAAAAUAACAGCCAGGGAUCCUCUGUGGCCUCAGUAACGGCAACAGAUCCUGACUGGAGGCAGAACGGCACUGUGAUUUAUUCUCUCCUGCCCGGAGAGGUGAAUGGCUUUCCCGUGUCAGCAUUGUUGUCCAUAAACGGAGACACCGGUGUUAUCCACGCCGUCAGGUCUUUUGAUUAUGAGCAGUUUAAAGAUUUCAAAGUUAAAGUGUUAGCCAGAGAUAACGGGUCUCCUCCUUUAAGCAGUAAUGUGACUGUGAGCAUCCAUGUAGUCGAUGUGAACGAUAAUUCUCCUCAGAUACUUUACCCAUCACCUGAUGGCAGCUCUGUUAUGACCGAGUUAGUGCCCAGAGCUGCGCCUGCGGCUUCCCUUGUGUCCAAAGUCAUCGCAGUGGACGCAGACUCUGGCCAGAACGCAUGGCUUUCAUACAGUAUAAUCAAAGCUACAGACCCUGGACUUUUCACCAUCGGCGUCCACAGUGGAGAGAUCAGGACGCAGAGAGACAUUUCAGAAUCAGAUGCCAUAAAACAGGAUCUUAUUGUGUCAGUGAAAGAUAACGGACAGCCUUCUCUUAGUGUGACUUGCACCAUGUACUUGGUCAUCUCUGAUAACUUGGCUGACAUUCCUGAACUGAAAGACAGGAGUCAUGAGGACAGCAGUUCUAAACUCACCACAUACUUGAUCAUUGCACUGGUGUCUGUUUCCACGUUUUUCCUCACCUUCAUGAUCAUAGCACUGGCUGUGAGGUUUUGCCAUCGGAGGAAGCCCAGACUGCUAUUCGAUGGAGCAGUGGCCAUUCCCAGCGCCUACCUGCCUCCAAAUUACGCAGACGUGGAUGGCACUAUGACGCUGCGAAGCGGGUACAAUUAUGACGCAUACCUCACCACCGGGUCGCGCACAAGUGACUUUAAAUUUGUCCAAUCUUACAACGAUGGCACUCUGCUGGCUGACCGCACUCUGUCCAAGUCCUGCACUGCCGAUGAGCCGUUUGGUCCUUGUGACGAACCAGAAACACUGCUACAGAUCUGUUGUCCUCCGCCAUCACAGCGAUAUUGCAAUAUAGGCGAUUUUACUGCAGAACACAUGGAUGACCAAGAGUAG